AGAGAGAGAUGCAGGUAUUAACUGGAGGUGGGGAGGGUAGCGCAGUCGUUGCUGACCGUUGGGACACCAAAUGGACAGGAGGGGAUGUGUUGUUGUGCUGAUGGCUUUCUUUCAUCUCCUUCCUUUAUGAACUCGACUCUUAAUCCAAGCGGUGACGCAGGUGUAUCCUCCUUAUCCACCCUCCGGUGUACUACUACCACCUAUCCUAAAUUUCCAUGCGCCGCACCUUUCCUUUCAAGUCACCAGAGGGGGAUUUUACGCGCCGUAGUGGGAAGAAUAACAACAUGUUAAAUGAAAUCCGGUGCGUCUCUUUUGUGCGCCGUCUGGUCCUGCCGUUGUGAAAUGUGAUGCAGGGUCUGCAGCCAGCACAGAUGACUUGAACCGGGCGGCACAGGCGGUUGCAACUACAGCACUUAUUUCAGAAAGAGAAGACUUAUCGAAAACCAUGACUGACCAGUACAGUAUGUUUCUCACCACGGCGCCUCCCCUCCGCCGAGGAAGCACACCCCUGCCUGUCAAACACCAGCUGCGAAGGGAAGAGGCCGUAUCCGAGGACUGCGAUUGGAUCCCAGGCUUGGAGGAGCCUGCCAUGUUGCCUAUCAGUGACCCAUCUGUGCCUCGGGAUGAGUCCUUCAGCCAAUCGGCAGCCACCCAGGCGGUUUACCACAGCCACAGUGGGGCAUUGAGAAUAGUGCUGCUGGGACAGAAUGGCGUGGGCAAGUCGUCGCUGGCCUUAUCUCUGGCCGGGCAGUCGGACAGAUCCCUCUCUAUAGACUCUGAGACACAAGCUUGUGGUGAGGGCUACGAGUGCACAGUGACAGUUGACGACGAGGACAGCAAAGUCAUAAUUUUCGACAACUGGAAACAGGAUCUGUCCACUCUGCAGUGUGAUGUGUGUAUCCUGGUCUUCUCAGUGACUGACAGGCGAAGUUUCCACCGUACUGCCCAGCUCCGCCUUCUCCUCAGGGAGUCCCAGCCACAGACACCAAUAAUCCUGGUGGGCAACAAGAGCGACCUUGUCCGCUCCCGUGAAAUCAGUGCAGAGGAGGCCCAAUCCAGCGCCAUGAUGUUUGACUGCCAUUACCUGGAGCUCUCAGCCUCUUUGGACCACGGCACCAAUGAGCUGCUCGAGGCGGCGGUUCGGACUGCAAGAGGCGACUGCGUGGGCCCCGGGUGGGCUGACGGAGACCCCGGGGCAGGCCGCAGGGAGAGCCUGACCAGCCGGGCUAAGCGCUUCCUGUCGGGGCUAGUACCGCGCUCAUACGCCCGAGACCGGGACCGUGGCCGCUACCGGGAGAUGAGCCGCCACCGUGGCAGCAAGAUCCUCCGCCAGAAAUCCCGCUCCUGCCAUGACCUCAGUGCACUGUGACACACACACACACACACACUCAUACAUACAGUACACACAGGCAAAGAGAUACACACUCCCACACAUAUACGUAUACGUACACACACACACACACACACACACACACACACACACACACACCAGAUUGAAAGAUAUGGGGGACAAGUAAAAGAUGAAGAGAGGAAGAGGGUUAAAUGGAAAACAGCAGGGAGGAGCAGAUGAAUAGACGGAGGGAUGGAGAGGGAGAUGGAGGAGCACAUGUGCAGUAGAAUUAACGGAGAAUGAGGGAAUUUUGGCAGAUAAAAGUCAAGGGUGGAGAAAGGAGAUGAGAGGGAGAGGAGGUGGGAGGGAAAGAUGGAUAGAUAUAGCAGAAAUAUAAAGAUAGAUAUAGCAGCAGCCCUGAACCUUUAUCUUUUACCUAUCAAGGGGAGAAAGCAAUUUUUUUGGAGAUAAAGAGGCCAGGUUUGAGAGGAACAGAAUAGAACAAAUAAAUAAGGAGGUGAGCUUGAUUUGCUGCUUCAGCUUGGGUGAAUCAGCGAGUGCUCAUUACCUGAUGAGAGCAGGAGAGAGAAAAUUAGCGACAGUGGAGAGAGUCACAUCGAGAUGCUGAUUGGACGCUUACUGUGGCAAAACAGGGGGUGGGGGGUGGGGGGCAAAGUCACAAAUAAACACACAUACAAGUAGCACGCACUGAUUAUGUAGAGACUGAUAUAGCAAUCUUAUGUAUUGUAGACCCUGUUUUAUAGCAUGCCGAGUAGACGAUCUAAGACAUGACCCUGUAGGUUUUACAGUUACAUGAUUUACUGUACGUCAGUGGCUGAUAGCUAAUGCACAAUCUAGCUAGUGUCUCUAGCAAUGCCAUCUCCAAGACAAGACCCUUUAUUUAAGAAAAUGCUCCCUCUCUGCGCAUUUUUUAGCCACAAUUUCCACACACAAUUUCCACUGUUUGUGUCCCGUACUGAUUUGAAGAAGUGUUUGAUGAUAUCACCAAUGGCAUAUGUUCAUCUGUGACUUUUAUACAAGGCUAAAAGCAUCAAUGCCCAAGCCAUAUUUUUGCUGAAAGCAUCAGGAGCAAUCAGCACAAAGAACCCUUUACCGUAGGAUGUGGAGCGAAGGAGAAAAGGUCAAAACGGCUGUAAGGAAUAAGAUGUUAGCAGCGCCGACCAGACUGAACUUUUCUUUAAUUGAAGCUGAGUCACAGAGCUGUGGGUUGUUCCUGGAUAAGGAGGACAAACAAGAGUUAACCUAAUCUACCUGUGGCCGUUUGAUGUUUUCAUUUUUCUCUUUUUACCCACUGACAUAAUUAUCUGUGUUAAGACUGGAUUCUGUGGGGGCUGGCCACACAGGUGACCCGAAAAAAGAGAACGUUCUGGAAACGUUGUUCAGAUAUCUUGUCAAAACGUGGUGGCAUCACUGAUACAUGCUCACUUGUUUGUCACCAUCUACUAAGCACUCUCGUCUUUCCACAGAGAAUAAACUAAUUUUUGUCUGACAUCCCGAACGAGUGUCUUGUCCUUCUUUCUAACAAUGUUAUGAAAUGCAUGUCUCUUUACAGACGUUACUAGGUUGAGGGAUGG